AUGGCCGACUGGAGACCCGUUCGGAUUGUGGCGGCCGCAGAUCUCCGCAACUACAAUCGCACCGAAGCCAUCGAUGAGACCCAACCGACUACUGUAAGGUGGAAUUUUGAUUAAAAAUGAUCGUGUUUUAGAGUAAUAAUAUCCCCAUAAACUCGCAAUAUUACAAUGAAUUCAUUAACCAUUACAAUACGCAUGCUUACCAUGGAGGAACGCUGGAUGCACCCAACGGAUUUGAACGGAGGAAUAUCAGGUAGGAGAAUAUAAAAAAGGUGUAAAAUGUGACAUAAAUCAACAUCAAAAUUGAUAGAAUUAUGACAAAAGUAUUGCGAAUCACACUGUCAGACUAAAGAUAAAACUAUAAUGUUUAAAAAAAACGGGUGAUCAGGCCUUGCCAAGAUUUUACGUGUGCGUUUUGGACUAAUCGCAAAUCAAAAAGUUCAUAGUUCUAUGCGAGAGACAAUCAAGGGUCUUCCCUCUGAGAGAGCAGAUAAUUUUUUUUGAAACCUUUCGAUCAACAAAUUUUUUAAACUUUAAUUAAUAUUAGAGCAACUGGCAUUAGUAAACUGUUGAAUCCGUAUUUCAGAUAUCCCUACCGAGUAGCAACCACAAGCCGAGGCCGAGGGACCCCUCAUCCGCGAUCUCAGGGCCGUUUUUAUCGCUCAUUUUCGGGUCCCUUCAAGUCUCCAGCUCCAUUAUAUAAUAAAAGAAGGGCAACCAGGCCUGUCAGUUACAUGGUAAGUCAAUAUCAGUCAUUAUCAUUUCCUAAAAUAUUUUUUGGCACUUUUUGUACGUUGUAAAUUGACUGUUUUAUCGACUUCUUCGUAUUUUAGCCGUCAAAUCCAGUGUACGUGGACACAUUCUCCCCGCGAAUGCCUGUUUACCCUCCAUACCCUGAGGCAUUUGUCCCCCGACCCGGUGUUUUCCCCCCGUUUUACCCGCCCUUCAAGUACACCCCCACUUAUCAGAGUCGGAAUGUUCCCGAGUAUCAGCAGAAAGAAAAGUAUCCGUUUGUGGUCAGGGUGCUCUUCAAAUUAAUGCAAGUUGUAAGUUUUUUAUGAAAAAACAAUUUUGAUAUUGCGGUCAAAAUUUUAUAAUUACUGGGAAAUAAUUGUUUACAUUGAAUUAAUUUCUUUUAUCUUCAGGCUUUUCUGCAUAGCACAAUGCAAAAUAUUUAUGCACAGUGCAAUUUUUUUCAAUUUCUCCAAAAAGAUCACCAAAUUUUUUUACUUCCAGAUCCUCGCAGUGAUCUCAAUAGUUCUAAUCAUCGGCCCCUCGUUGGAUUCGAGCUUGGCCGAGUUCAUGCGACGCACGAAUACGGAGUGGCAGUCGGUGGUCUUGGCCAUUCUGGCCGUCCUCGGAUCCGUCGCUCUCGUACUAAUGAUCGUGAACUGCUGCACCUCCAAGAAUUCGAUAUGGCGCAAGAUCGAUGUGGUCAUGUGUGCGGUGGGCGUGGUGCUGAUGUUCAUUGCCACAGGGCUGGAGGCGUAUUACGCGGCUUGUUAUCCACCAAAUGGGCCAAAGAUCGCGCUCGUUUGCUAUGAAACUGAAUGGAUUUUUGCGGCGGUGAGCAUUCCAUUUAAUUUUUUGGUGUUGUCGAGGGUGUAAUCUACACGGUAAAAAUUCUUAAAAACUAUUUUUUCCUGAUUUUUUAAAGCAAAAAAACUAAAAAUCCCGUUUUUAGGCACUCUGUUUCCUGGACACCCUGGUCUAUGUCGCGGAUCUCUGUUUCCAACUCCGCAGUGGCGUCAGCUUACUGUAG